UUUCAUUAACAAAGAAGAGCUUUUUAGUAACUUGGGGCCCAAAUUUAGCUGUGGAAUCACUAUUGACCAAUUCACCAACAGAAAAUUAUAGUAGCAUGGGAUUAAAUUGGCCUUUGUUUCUCUUUCUUUCGGUUGAAUUAUCAUUGCUAUUACGACUAAUUUUUGUUAUAUUCUCCUUUCACUAUCUUUCUUUCACUACACUCCAUAUAUUAUUUUAUGCGAAAGAAAAAACUGGUCAAUUCUCAAAUUUGCACUGUUUGUUGCCUACCCUUUUUCCUCAUUUUGCUCUAUGAUGUUCUCUUUAAAGGGUUUGAAAAACCCAAUUUCUCACUAAAAUUGGAGUAUUUUAGGCUCAUUUUUGAAGGACUUGGUGAAGAAACCCUGAUAAUCUACACUUUUAUACCAUAAUUAAGGUCCGAAAUUGAAGAUUAAGUAGGUGGUCAACCCCCCUGCAAGCUGGGCAUGGGUGAAAGUAUGCCUAGCUUGGAUAUUUGAUGGCUGAAGUGGUGAUAAGGUAGAACUUUGGUGAAGAUAUCAACCAAUUGAGAAGAUGUGGACAAGUAUAUUCAAGUAUCGGGAUCAUGGUGGUUGGAGAUUCUGGUCUUUAAACACAUAAUGUCUCUUUUUGCAAAAGAUGUAGAUGCUGCUUUUCUUGGUGCUGGAACGAAAAUCGGUCUAGAGAUCUGGUGUGUUGAGAAUCUUGGUUUGGUUCCUGUACCAAAGUCAUCUCAUGGGAAUUUUUUUUCAGCGAGUGCAUAUCUGAUUUUAAAUACGAUAUUGCUGAAAGAUGGAAUGCUUGCACAUGAUGUACAUUACUGGCUUGGAAAGGAUGCGAGUCAGGUGGAUUCACUGAUGGUCUCAGAUAAAGCGCUUGAAUUAGACAUGGCCUUAGGAUCUUGCACUGUGCAAUACCAGGAAAAGCAAGGUCAAGAGUCAGCAAAGUUUUUGUCAUACUUCAAACCUUGUAUCAUUCCAUGUGAAGGAGCAUAUACAUCGGGACCGGAGAGGUCAGACAGAGGCACAUACCAUAUCAGCUUGUUAGCAUGCAAGGGUGAACAUGCCAUUUCAGUUAAAGAGGUGCCGUUUAUACGGUCCUCUUUGAACCAUGAUGAUGUUUUCAUUCUAGACACAGAAUCGAAAAUAUAUCUCUUUAGCGGUCACAACUCUAGUAUACAAGAGAGAGCUAAGGCUUUGGAGGUCAUCAAGUAUAUCAAGGAAGAAAAGCAUGGUGGGAAAUGUCAGGUGGCUACAAUAGAGGAUGGGAAAUUUGUUGGUGAUUCAGAUGCAGGGGAAUUUUGGAGCUUAUUUGGAGGUUAUGCACCUAUUCCUCGUGACACAUCUUCUUUUUUCAAGAAGCAACAUGAUGUUCCUUUUGUGAAGUUAUUUUGGAUAAAUACCCAUGGGAAAUUAUGCGAAACUGUGACCGAUUCACUUGCUAGGGAAAUGCUAGCUAGAGAAAAAUGCUACAUGUUGGAUUGUGAUGCAGAGGUGUAUGUUUGGAUGGGAAGGUGUACCUCGAUGACAGAACGUAAGAUAUCAGUAACUGCAACAGAAGAUUUCCUCAGAUCCCAAGGCAGGUCAACUAGGACCCUUGUAACUGUCCUGACAGAAGGGUCAGAAACUCCGAAAUAUAAGUCAUACUUUGCUGGCUGGCCCCCAACAGAUAAUCCCAAACUUUAUGAAGAAGGCAAAGGGAAAGUAGCAGCAAUAUUCAAGCAACAAGGUUAUGAUGUGACGGAGCUUCCAGAAGAACAUUGCCAGCCAUUAAUUAAUUGCAGGGGAAAGCUUGAAAUUUGGGGAGUAGAUGGUAAUCAAUUGUCUAUUGUGCCUUCUGAGGGACAUAUAAAGCUAUUCAGUGGUAAUUGUUACAUCGUGAAGUAUAAGUAUCCAGGUAGUCAAAGGGAUGAAAGCAUAUUGUACGCAUGGCUUGGCCUUGAAAGCAUCGAGGAAGAUAGAAGUGAUGCAAUUUCCCAUAUGAUUGAUAUGGCUAUUGUCUCAAAAGGAGCUCCUGUUUUGGCACAAAUCUUUGAAGGUAAGGAGCCAGAUCAGUUUUUCUGGGUCACCCAGAGACUAAUUGUUGUGAAGGGAGGUACAUCCACGAGAUACAUAGAUUCCAUGUCUGAGAAAGGCUUUGCAGACUAUGCUUAUGAUGUCAGAGGCACAAUACUUUUUCGUAUUCAAGGAUCAAGUCCACAAAAUAUGCAAGCCGUUCAAGUUAACAUGGCUGCAGGUUCCUUGAACUCUGCAUAUUGUUAUAUCUUGCAAACUGAAGCAACCAUUUUCUCCUGGAUUGGAAGUACAACUUCGAGCAGAGACCAAGACCUUCUUGAUAAGAUGUUGGAACUUGUUAAUCCAGCGUGGCAACCUAAAUCCUUGAGAGAAGGUGGUGAACCUGAUGAAUUCUGGACUGCCCUUGGUGGGAAAGCAGAGUAUCCAAGGGAAAAGGAAAUCAAAAAGCAUGUAGAAGAUCCACAUCUAUUUGUGUGCAAUUGUUCUGAAGAUGAUUUUAAGGUGAAAGAGAUUUUUAGCUACACACAAGAUGAUCUGACCACCGAGGAUGUCUUUGUUCUAGACUGUUAUACUGAAAUCUAUGUUUGGAUUGGCUCCCAGUCAGCUAUUCAGUCAAAGCUACAAGCAUUGCAUUGUGGCCUGAAAUAUCUGGAGAGAGACAUUUUGGCUCAAGGACUACCAUUGGAGACCCCAUUAUACAUGGUUACAGAGAGACAUGAACCAGAAUUCUUCACUUGCUUUUUUGACUGGGAUGUUUCAAAGUCUCAUAUGGAUGGAAAUUCAUUUGAGAGAAAGCUCACACUACUCAUGGAAGAAAAGAAGUUCGAGACUCCUCCCAGGAAUUCAUGGAAGGCAAUUUCCUCUGAACUUUCCGGAAGUGGUUCAAGAAGCAAAUCUGUAAUUUCCAACGGAACGCCAAGAAGUGCAUCUCCAUCGAGUUUUCCCGGAUCACAGCUAACAAAUGGUGGGACGUUUCCCAGCCCAACUGUGAUUGCUAAGAAUUUGGACUGGGGCCUAUCUGCUGAGAAUUUCAACUCAUCACUGGUUCCUGAAAAUGACGAUGAUACUGCUAAUCCAUUAAUCUAUCCUUAUGAACGCUUAAAGGUGACUUCUGACGAACCAGUUUCGGACAUAGAUUUGACCAGGCGCGAGGCAUAUUUAUCUAAAGAAGAGUUCCAGGAAAAGUUUGGGAUGACAAAGAGAGCAUUCUACGAGCUACCCAAAUGGAGACAGAACAAACUAAAGAUCCCCCUUAAUCUUUUCUAAUGCAAUUACCCUAACAAUUGAAGCCAUCAGUUGAAGGUGUGAUUCUUAUUGUUUUCUUCAUUUCCUAGAUUGACAGGUUAUAUUUGUGUGAUUAUUGGCUUGCUUAAUUUCUGUACCCGAAUCUCGGACUCUUUAUAUUUACCUAAAGUACCCGUGUAGGAUCCUCAAUACUCUAACACAGGUAUGGAUACCUCACCACUUUUUUUUUUUUACCAAAAACAUGGAAAUAUUCAUAAAUUAGUCAGAAUUUUACAAGAGCAAGUCUGUGUAACAUAGCUUGUUUUCUAUGUACUUUCUAAUUUUACUGAUAGUCUAAUUACCUUUC